CACUUUCAAUUAAUGAUACAAUCAAAUCAAUCAAUCACAGUACUAUGUCAACGAAUAUUUGUGAAGCUUUAAUAUCCAAAGCAAAUUUGCAAUGUUCCCUUUUGCUAUACUGUAUAUUUAUAGGUCUUCAAAAAUGUGCAAUUCAUUUUUGAAGAAAACAAUGGUAUAUUUCGUAUGAAGCAUUACAAGUGAACACAACAUAUCUAUCAUCCCAACCCUGUUAAUUACGCAUUUCCUUUAAUUUUUGGCUCUUCUCCCUUCUCCCUUUUAUCUUGUACUUGGGUGGUCAGUGUGCAGUAUUAUGCACUUAAUAAGUGUAUUUCCCAUUACCAUAUACAGCGAUUCAUUUACAGUGAUUAAACUCCUUUGCAGUCGCCAUAGCUGGGGGCUUCCAGCAGGGUAUUCUUAUGUAUUACGAUUUUAAGUGAAUUUUUCCAAUUUUAUAUUUUUAAUCAUCAUCAUUUCUGUGAUACUUUUCCAUUUCAAUGGAACAUUUUACAUGAGUUUUCUUUGUCCUUUCUUUUUCACACAAGUUUUUUAUUUAUAUAUUUUUUAAUUGUUUAAUAGUGCUACACAUACUUUACCCAAUUUAUCAUUUUUUAACCACAAUAUUUUGAAAAUAUCUUGUAAACUGCAUAGUAGAGAGUACUGUAAUUGAAUAACGUUGUGGUUAUGAUGGUUGCCUUCCAAUUCCAAGGUUCUGGGUUCAAAUCGUGUCACAGAAACAGGAUUUCUCUGAAGAUCAAAGGCCACUUCACUGCCCAUGCAUCACAAUUCGGUGUAUUCAUUGCCUUGUGCCUACCUAAAAUAAAUCAUAAAUUAGACAAUUUUGCAAAGUAAAGUGCAGUGUAACUGAUUUUUUUUUUCAAUUUAGUAUAUCAACUAUUUUUUUUUUCUGUCAACAGAGUAAUCUCAACGAUGAAAUUAGAUUUACCAGUUGGCAACGAUGUAUCGUCAAUACCAGAAGUAUCCGCAACAGCACUUAUUACCCCGAUGUUGCCGACAUGGACACCACCUCCCCUCUACCACCCCCUAUCAGAUCAACCAAAACAACUUAGGCCGUCUGUGAUAGCUGUAGCGCCACCUCAACACCGAGAAGAGAGCAGUCGUACAUACUUACGGAAAAAUGGGCUUGUCACUACGUCAAAUGGUAGUCUCCAAAGAGAAAUUACUUCAGGUGGUUGUGAUCCUUCAAUUGAAGAGCAUUUUCGUAGAAGUUUAGGAAAAGAUUACAACAACGCAAUAACGUCGCCGUCAACCUCGCCGGAUCUCACCAAGAAUCUAUUAAUCACAGGCUCAGUCGACGACCAUUUCGCAAAACCGUUAAGAGAUAGAUGGAACCAAAUUAAAGACACAGUCGACAUGACAAGGAAAUCCUCUCCACCAUCAUCUCUUAAGCUUAUGACUCAACAGCCACUUGUGUCUUCCCAGCAAUAUUAAGUUGCAAAUUGACUCGUCAUAUAAUCGAUGAGUUUUAAAAUCCUAGAUGUGAUUAUUUUAUUGAGCUAUGCGCAAGAAGAAUAUAAAUAUAUAUAUUGUAUAUACUGUAUCUAUAUAUAUGAAGAUAUGUUGUUAUUAUAGACUUGGAUGUUUUGGAGGAGAGUAUUGUGAUUGGGUGAAUUGAAGGAGUUUUGCUUGUACAGUAGCACUUCUAUAUUUUAUCUGGAAUAUAUUUCAAAAUCAUGAUCACCUUAAACUUUUUAUAUUUGAAAAGAAAAACAUGCAUUUGCAUACACUAUGAGAUUUUUGUCUGAUAAAGCACGUCUGUUGAAUCUUUGGAAGUUUAUGAUUGUUUGACAAAGUCCUACUAAAUCUAUUCAAACAUUGUAAAAUCUGACUAACAAAUUCUGCAUUUAGUUUCCAUUAAAGUUUUGGAACUUUUUGCACAAUCAUUGACAAAAGGAUAUUUUAUUAUUAAGGAUGCAGUAAUUAUUUAUAUCUUUUCAACAUGUCUUGCAAUCAUUAAUUUAUGUUCGUGAAGCAAACUAUUUGUUGAUUGUGGAGUGGAUGUGAUCUUCAGCAAAAAUGUUGCUGUAUAUUGAGAUGCAUCUAUUACUGUAUAUUCAGAUAAUAUGAAUGACAUUCUGGGAAUAUACAACUUUUAUUAGAAUAAAAAAAAAGCCAUAUUGAAAUACUUUACUGUACUUUUGACCAUAUUGAAAUUGUUUUUAUUGAUGGGACUAGAACUAGGAAUGUCUGAUCAAGUUAUUGUUUGUCAGACAUUUUGCUCCAGAGGCUGAGGCUGUGCCUUGUAAGGAACCUCUGUGUUAAAUAUUGAAUAAUAAACAUUGAUCAGACUUGAGAAGUAGAAAAUUGUUUUACUAUCUGACUAAAUCUUUAUUACGAAAACACUAUAAAACAAAUUCUGGCUUUAUAGAUGUUCCAUAGAUAUAUGCCAUGAAAGUGGAAAAGGAGGUAAAAUAAUUACACACAAGAAUAUUUUAAAAUGGUAGUAUCUUCAUUCUGCAAAAGUAUUCAACUAAAAUUUGAUACAACUUGUUAAAAUAAUUAAUUCAAAUGUUGUACAAAGUGCUGUAUUUAGCUUAUAUUUAUGUACAGGCUUAAUUAUUUUAUUAUGACAACUUCAUGUGAUUUAUUUAAUUCCCAUUGCAUUUGGCAUUUAACAAUAAAAAGAAGUGUUAAUAUAUUAUAAAAUUUCUAAAAGAAUUUAAAUAUGUUUACUGUUACUACUAUUCUAUAAAUGUCAAUUACUUUCCAUUUGCAGACCUGGUUUUAAAAGUAUGUAUUAUAAUUAUAAAAUAUGGCUGACAAAAAGAAUACAAAAAGUAAUAUAGAGUUAUUAAAUUGUGUGCUAUAGAAAUUAUCCCCAUGAAUUCUUUCUGAAUUAGUAAUUGCCUAGAAAUUGCUAAUAAUAUGCUUAAACCUAGUGUGAAUUUAUGGAUAAUUUGUAUCUUUUAUGUUUAUAUACACUAGCAUUAGUGUAGGAUUAUGAUGACCUGAGAGUAAUAAGAAAAGGACAGAAUAUGUUACAGACCUUUUAUUAAAUGCAACAUCUUUGUUGUUAAUUACAGUAACAAUGCAAAUUUGUCAUAUUAAUCUGUAUUCCUGAUGAUGAUAAUUAAUGUUAAAAUAUUGGAUCCACAACAUGAUGGCAUGCAUUUCAAUACUUGGAGUAUGUACUAUCAGUAUUGUUUAUAGUGUAAUUUAUGGAACAUCUUCCAACCAUGAUGUAUGAGAGUGCCAUGUUGAUAAUAUGAUGAUGAUGAUGGUGGUGGUUGUUAAAGUUGAUGAUGAUAAUUAUAAUAACGAUUAUAAUGAUAAUGGUGAUGAUGUUGAUUUAUUUGUUUUGUUUCCUCUUCAGUAACAAAUUACUGUUCUCCCAGAGAGCCUAAAAAAAUGGGGAUUUACUGACAAUAACAGUUACCAAAUGUUUGUUUAUUGUCUCAAUUAUAGAUUCAAACCCGACUAAAUUCUCGCCGAUUAAAUACCAUUCGGUGGAUUUAGGCCAAGUUUAUCCCUUAUUAGGUAGAAGUAGCAAUGGUUUUUAUUCGAUGUUUGUACACAAAAUUAUGUUACAUUUGACAGAACUACAUAGAAAAUGUUCACAAAGUUGUUUUUUUUGUUUUUUUUUUAACAAGAGUGACACAAUGUUUGUGUCAUGAAAUGUGUAUUUUGAUGUUGCAAGUGCAUCUGUACCAAUUUCAUUCGCCUUGAAGUAUAUCUUGGCGAACUGGUAGUACAGAAAAAUUGAUGUAAUCGUGAUAAGAUGUCGAAAGAAAUAAAAUUCAAAAAGAAAAAUUUUUUAAAUGUUUGUGCAUCCUUUCAUCUUAAUACCAUACUAUACC